AUGGCACCGGGCGUCACGAACGCCGGCGAUAACAGCCUUGAUUUUGAUCGUGUUAAGCCGCCUGAGAACGCCAAAGAGCGUGCCAAAAAUUGGUGGAAGACCUCUCUUCACGGUUGCCAACCGGCUCGCUUUCCAUCUCACCCCCAAACGCUCAACACGGUUCAGCAACUCACAGUUGAGCAUCGAUUCGCUUUCCUUCAAUCCACCGAGGAGGGUGCCGAUCCCUCAGUUUUGCUACUGGCCGCAUGGGCCGUAGUUGCAGGCUUGUACUCCAACUCCAGCGAUGUCGUCUUCGGGGCCGCUGUUCACGGACUUGGCCGAUCUGACGACGGAGCGACCAACGGCUCCUCGACCGGCAUCAUUCCGCUUCGAGUUAGGCUCGACGGCAACCCGACUGUGAAGAUGUACCUCGAGCGGAUGCUGGCAACCGUCACUGCAGCGGCCCAGUACAGUCAUCUGGGGUUGCAGUCCAUCCGUCAUAUCGAUAAAGAAACCAACAAGGCAUGUGACUUUGACACAAUCCUGGCCAUUGGCCCGACCAUGCCCGACACGGAAUCCCCGUCCCAUGGACUCGGGCCGCUGGAUGCUACCAUGGAUCUCGAUACGGCAGCAAGCCUGGCGAUCUCCUGCAUGCUCGGCCAGGACCACGUCGACCUGCUUGCAAGGUGUGGUGGCAACGGGGUUCGGUCGCAGCGGGAGGUCAAGAAGAUGUUGGAGCAGCUCGCCUUCGUAGCGCAACAGCUAUCCGACGCCGCGGACAGCGAACCACUGGCCGAACUGACCUUGAUCCCACCUUCGGAUCUCGCACGGCUGUGGGACUGGAACAAGGAGGUUCCCCGGACCGAGGCCGGCUGUGUUCACCACCUGAUCCGAGAGAGGGCAAAACAGGCGCCGGAAUCGACAGCUGUCUGCGCUUGGGACGGUGAGUUCAGCUACGGCGCCCUCGACCGGCUCUCUGACCAGCUCGCGAUCGAGAUCAUCCGCCGGGGCGUAAAGGCCGGGGACUUGGUGCCUCUAUGCUUUGAAAAGUCGGCUUGGACUGUCGUCGGGAUCUUGGCUGUGCUCAAAGCCGGCGGUGCGUUCGUGCUCCUGGACUCAUCGCAUCCCGUGGAGCGUCUUCGCACGAUCGUCGCGCAAGCUUCAUCCGGACUUGUACUCACCUCACGCGCUUGCGAGUCCCUUGGUCGAUGUCUCGAGAAGGAUGUCCUCGUCGUUUGCCCUGACGCUUCCGUCUGGCACUCUGACCCUCAGAAGCAUGACCUGCCGCAGACCGCACCGGAAUCAACCAUGUACGUCGUCUUCACGUCUGGAAGUACGGGCACCCCUAAGGGGGUUUUGAUCUUCCACGCCAGCUUCUACUCGGGUCUUCAUCAUCAGCUAGACCGGCUUGGCUUCAAGCCAAGAUGUCGACAUUAUGACUUUAUGGCCUAUUCCUUCGACAUCGCCAUCCACAACACAAUCGCCACCUUGGCCGUUGGAGGUUGCUUGUGUAUACCCUCGGAAUCCGAGAGAAAGAACAACCUCAGGGGCAGCAUGCUGGCCAUGGGUGCCACGAGUACCAGUCUGACGCCAUCGGUCGCGAGGCUGCUUGGGGACGACCUUCCGGCCACUCUUGAGUCUCUGGUCCUCAUCGGAGAGGCUGUGACCCUGGCCGACACGAAGCGCAUCUGGAACAAGACCAGGCUGAUAAACUCCUAUGGCCCAGCAGAAUGCACCCCGUACAGCAUGACGAACGACGAGGCCACAGGCCCCGAAACAGCAGUCAGGAUCGGAACCGGGGCCGGCGCACUGACUUGGGUUGUGCGCGCCGAUGAUCACAACAAGCUCGUACCACUCGGCUUGGUCGGUGAACUGCUUCUCGAGGGACCAAUUCUGAGCCAAGGGUACCUCAACGACCCCGAAAAGACGGCCAAGGCCUUCAUCGAGGACCCGGCCUGGCUUCUGCAAGGCUCGGCGCAGACAAAGCAACCCGGGAGACGGGGCCGUCUGUACAAGACCGGAGACCUGGUGCGGUACAACGACGACGGCAGCCUGACCUUUGUCGGGCGCAAGGAUACCCAGAGCAAGAUCCGCGGGCAAAGAAUCGAGCUGGCCGAAGUCGAGUACCGCCUGCGCGAGGGCGUGCCACGCUUGCAGCAGGUGGCCGUGGAAGUCGUUCAGCCUGAAGGACAGGCCGCUUUUCUCGCCGCCUUCUUGGUGACCGGGCAAGAGGGCGAUGCCGAUGAUGAUGAUGAUGAAGGCCCCACGCCAAGAUGGUCUCUUGUUGACGAUACUACGACUACAGUCAUCACCGUCCCUACAGCUACUGACGAGUUGUUGAAGAAACAUCUCCCCGGAUACAUGGUGCCUACCGUUUACUUUUCCCUGCCGUCUCUGCCUCUGAACCGCUCUGGCAAGGUUGACCGCCCAAGACUUCGUGAGAUGGGCGCUGGAGUUUCGGCUCAAGAACUAUCAAAGGCUCACGAGAGUGUGAGUGCGGUGGCCACAGACAUGCCCCCGCCAUCUGACCAUGAGAGACGCUUGCGACAACUUUGGGCAAACGUGCUUGGCAUCAACUCUGCCUCGAUUCACCACACAGCAAACUUCUUCCGCCUCGGCGGCGACUCUCUCUCGGCCAUGAGACUCGUCACGGAGGCACGCGACUGCGGAAUCUCCCUUACAGUGGAAGACAUCUUCCGCCAUCCAGACCUGGGCGGCCUUGUCGAGAUCUCACUGGAUGCGGACGCACCGUUGGCCGGCUCCUCGGGUGUCCCUUUUUUCUCGCUCCUCGGGAACCAAGAUUCUUCGGCAGUUUGCAGUGCCAUUGCCGAGUUGCACGGUCUUGACGCAGCCUGCGUCGAGGACGUUUAUCCCUGUACGCCGCUACAGGAGGGUCUUUUGGCCUUAACGUCCAAGGGAACCCAGAGAGAAGACUACAUCCUACAGGCCGUCAUGGAGCUGGCUGAUGAUGUGGACUUGCAACGCUUUCAGCAAUCGUGGAACCGGACCAUCGAAGCUGUUCCCAUUCUACGGACUAGGAUCGUGGAGCAAGGCGGCCAUUCCGGAUUAGUGCAAGCAGUCCUUCGAGGCAGCGUCCAUUGGAACAUGUCGAACGACCUCGAAGUGUACCUUGCCGAAGACAAGAGAAACCCGAUGGGACUAGGCACCCCUCUUUCGAGAUAUGCGGUAGUCCGAGAAGCCACACACACGUACUUUGUCUGGACCAUCCACCACGCCGCCUACGAUGGAACCUCGGUGCCUCUUGUGCGCGAGAUGGUUCAGCAGGCAUACUACGAGCGAGAACCACGGCGACACGGCGGCUUCAACCUGUUUGUCAGACAUCUCGUAAGUCAAAGCCAUUUCGACAUGGGCCAAGACACAUUCUGGCAGUCCGUGUUUGCGGGCUACGACUCGACCCCGUUUCCAUCCUUGCCAACCGACACCCGAGAACCGAACCCGCAAGCUGUGCUCAAGCAGCGCUGCUCCCUCGCCGAGGCUGCAGACUUCUCCGUCACGACGGCGACCGUCAUCCGAGCCGCAUGGGCCCUGGUUCUCUAUUACACCGACGCCCAAGACGACGUCGUCUUCGGAACCACGGUGUCUGGCCGCAGCGCCCCGAUCGACGGGAUCCAGGACAUCAUCGGCCCCACGAUAGCAACGCUGCCAGCGCGUAUCAGAAUACCCGAGCUCAACCAGACGUCGGUUUCCAGUUUCCUCGAACAGAUCCAGCAGCAGGCCGCCAUGGCCAUUCCUUACGAGCAGACCGGCCUCCAGAACAUCAAGAACUUCAGCCGUGAAGCGGAGCACGCCUGUGGUUUCCAGACUCUGCUCGUCGUCCAGCCCGGCGAUACCUACGGCGAUGGCGACUCCAGCUUGGGUGCCUGGAGAGACAUGCCUUACAUGAAGGUCUUCUCGACGUAUGCCCUGACCUUGUCGUGCUAUCUCGGUGCCGGGAGCGACUGCGUCGAGGUGGUGGCCAACUACGACUCGGACAUCCUCCAGACCUGGCGCCUGCAGAAGAUGCUACAGCUGUUUGGUCAUCUGGUUGAGCAACUGACCUCAGCUUCCGCUGAUUCGACGCUCAGCACACUUGAGCCGCUGACUCCGGCUGAUUGGACGCAGUUGUGGGCGUGGAAUCGGACUGUCCCGGAGGCGGCAGAUGGCUGCGCGCACGACGUGAUCGACGCCCAGUCGCGAACCAACCCGGAUGCCGUAGCGAUCGAUGCCUGGGAUGGCUCGAUGACAUACCGCGAGCUGGACCGGCUCGCCGCAAAGUUGUCAUGCAGUCUUGUGAGUCGAGGUAUCGGACCCGGAUCCCUGGUACCAUUGUGCUUUGAGAAGUCGAAAUGGGCAGUUGUCGCAAUCCUAUCAGUGCUCAGAACGGGCGCUGCUUUCGUCCUGAUGGACCCCUCGCAGCCCGAGGAACGCCUACGAUCUAUAGUCCGACAGCUGGAUGCCGGCUUGAUCUUGACUUCGGAGACGAGCUACCUCGUCAGCAAGAAUCUCGUCGAUGAGAGCCUCGGUGUUGUCGUCGUCGUCGUCGUCGUCGAGGCCGAGGCCGAGCUCGAGUCGCUCCCUGAGCCCAACAAAAAACGAGACGAUUUGCCUCGAGUCGACCCUUCGUCGACCAUGUACGUCGUCUUCACAUCGGGCAGCACAGGGAACCCCAAGGGGGUGGUGAUUUCUCACUCCAGCUUCCGCGCCGCUUUGCACCAUCAGCUUUCCCGCAUGGGGUUCACCUCGGCCACGAGGCACUACGACUUCCUUUCGUACGCGUUCGACGCGUCCAUCUGGAACACGGUUGCGACGCUCGCCGCGGGCGGCUGCUUGUGUAUCCCUUCCGAGCACGAUCGCAAGAAUAACCUCACGAGGAGCAUGGAAUCGCUCAGAGUCACGAGCGUCAGCUUGACACCGUCCGUCCUCAGCGUACUACUAGUCCCAGACUUCCCUCCUUCGCUCCAGACCGUCGUGCUGUUGGGCGAGGCCGUCACCGUGGAGCACGCACGUCUCUGCUGGGAGAAGAAAGUCGCCGUUGUGAAUGCGUACGGCCCUGCAGAGUGUACCCCCAACAGCGUCAUUGGCACAAGCAACUCCUCCAACCCCGAGGCCGCCUCUCUCAUCGGGACGGGAUCGGGGGCGGUUACUUGGGUAGCAGACAUCAUAGACCCGAGCCGCCGGCUUGCACCCAUCGGCGCGGUGGGAGAGCUGCUCCUGGAAGGCCCUAUCGUGGGCAACGGAUACCUGCACGACGCGGAUAAGACAAAGGCCUCGUUCAUCGAAUCGCCUCCUUGGCUGUUGGGCGGCGGGUCGUCGUCGGCGGCGCCUGGCCGUCGCGGCAGGCUUUACAAGACGGGAGACCUUGUUCGUUAUGAAGCCGAUGGGUCUCUGGGGUACCUGGGCCGCAAGGACACGCAGGUUAAGAUCAGGGGCCAGCGCGUCGAGCUGGGCGAGGUGGAAUUCCACGUGCGCGAGUGUGUUCCGUCGGCUCGACAGGUCGCGGCCGAAGUCAUCUUGGUCGGUAAAGACCGUCGUCCGGUACUCGCGGCCUUUGUCGUCCAUGAUGAGAAGCAACAAGUGGUCAUGGACGGGCAUGAAGCUACACUAAUAGGGCUCCAGCCGGAGUGCGAGGCCGAUCUGGCAAGACGCCUACCAAGCUACAUGAUUCCGGCUCUUUACUUUGUCCUCAGGGAUCAGCUUCCUCUCAACACGUCGGGCAAACUGGACCGCAAGAAACUCAGGGAGCUCGGGUCGGGCAUCUCGGUGGACGACAUGCAGUCUCUCCAGAGCCCGUCGAACCGAUCGGACGACGAGAAGCCCUCAACCUCUGCUCAACUCGCGUUACGAGAUCUGUGGGUGGCGGCUCUUCGUAUCGACCCAGCUUCUUCGGCCAUCCGGCUGAGCGACAACUUCUUCCGCCUGGGUGGUGACUCGAUCACGGCCAUGAAGCUGGUUGCCGAAGCCCGGAGAAGGAACGUCAACAUCUCGGUCUCUGACGUCUUUCGCUUCCCACGCCUUUCGUCGUUGGCGGAGGUGGCAGAGCUGGCAGAGCUUCGUAUAACCCGGCAACCUGCCAGUGCCGACGACUACGUUCCGUUCUCGCUGGUUGGGGGUGUGGAUGUAGGCGCCCUUGUAGAGCCGUACGGGCUUGAAGCCUCGUCCGUCGAAGACGCAUACCCGUGUACAGCGCUGCAGGAAGGUCUGUUUACGCUGACCUCGAAGCGCCCCGGAGACUACAUCCAGCAGUGUGUCUUUGACCUUUCCGAAGAUGUCGACCUGGCCCGCUUCAAGUCCGCGUGGGAGCAGACCGUCCAGUCUGUUCCCGUUCUGCGGUCCAGGAUCAUCAUGUUCAGCGGUCGGAUGCUGCAGGUGGUUCUCAAGAAGGGUAGGCUGCUGGAAUGGAUCUUCUCCGACCAUCUCCUCCAGGGCUAUCUCGAGGGGGACAAGCUGAAGACGAUGGAGCUCGGGGAUCCGCUGGCGAGGUUUGCCAUUGUUGGCCGAAGACAUUUCGUCUGGACUCUGCACCACUCCAUCUACGACAACGACUCUCUUCGAAUGGUCCGCCAUGUUGUGGCACGUCACUAUCGCGGCCUCUCGCCGAAGCCGUAUCUCGGCUUUCAUUUCUUCCUGAGGCAUAUUGCAGUGCAUCCCGAGGAUGAGGAGGAGGAGGCACGCAACUACUGGACGGAAUAUCUUGGUGAUUGCGAAACGGAAACCUUCCCGCACGUCGGUGGUGUUGAUGGACAACAUGAAGUCCACGCAGACUCGUCCCACGUGCGCCAUAUCGACUUGCCUACGCUUCCAGGCUCGGCCGUCGUCACGCUCACAACGGUGAUACGCGCCGCGUGGGCCCUGACUGCCCACCAUCAGAGCGGUCUCGAGCAGAGAGACGUUGUGUUUGGAGCCACAGUCUCCGGCAGGAGCGCGCCGAUGGCGGGCAUCGAUCGUGUUGUCGGUCCGACCAUCUCGACAGUGCCCCUGCGAGUCAAGAUUCCCGAGGGGCAGACGGCCAUCUCCGACUUCCUGGAAGGGGUCCAGGACAUGGGAACGGAGAUGAUUCCCUUUGAGCAGAUGGGCCUGGCCAAGAUUGCCAAGCUGAGCCCGGAGACCCAACGCGUGUGCGGUUUCAGCACUCUUCUCGUCGUCCAGCCCUAUGAAGAUGAUUUCGACGACGACGACGACGACGACGACGACGACGACGACGACGACGACGACGACGACAGCUUCUUGGGCACCUGGAAGAUACAAGACAACAGCGAGGACCAGUUUUCCACGUACCCAUUCAACAUCAUCUGCACGCCUAUGAAGGGGAAGGGGGUGGAGGUGAUGGUGAGCUACGCAUCACACAUCGUUGAGCCGUGGCGAGUUGAGAAUAUCAUCGACCACUUCGGCCAUGUCCUGCAGCAGCUUACGGACGCUUCCAUGAGCCAAAAGACUGUCUCGGAUCUCAUAGUAAUACCGCCAGGGGAUUUGGGAAAGAUCUGGUCCUGGAACAGCAGCAGCAGCUUGCCUUGCGCCGUUGAUCGUUGCAUACACGACACAAUCGGAAAAGUCUCUCAAGAAUUCCCCGAAGCCCCGGCGAUAUGUUCAUGGGACGGCAACCUGACAUACGGGGAGCUGGACACCCUAUCUUUCCGUCUCUCCUCGCGUCUUGCGCAACUCGGAGUCGGGCCCGAGGUCCUCGUCCCUCUUUGCUUUGAAAAGUCUCUCUGGGCCAUCGUGGCAAUGCUGGCUGUUCUCAGAGCAGGAGGCGCCUUCGUACCAAUCGACCCUGACGCCCACGGCCGAAGAGACGGCAUACUCAAGCAGACGGACGCCAAGAUUCUCUUGGUCUCGGAGAGGUACGCCGCGGAGAAUCUCGAGCUGGAGCAGGACGUGCUUGUUCUGCCGGUUGGCCCAAGCAGUCACAGUCGUCAUCAUCUCGCCAGCUACGGAGAGGACUCGGCGUCGUCCCGGACCACCAACUACGCGAGUCCUUCCUCGGCGGCGUACAUGAUCUUCACCUCGGGAUCAACGGGGGAGCCCAAGGGCAUCCUCGUCGAGCACCGGGCCAUCAGCACCAGCUGCUACCACCACGGAACACGGAUUGGUUACACGAGGGACUCCCGCGUGCUGCAGUUCGCGUCGUACGUCUUUGACGUCUCGCUCCAGGAGAUCCUGACCACGCUCGUCUUUGGCGGCUGCGUCUGCGUGCCAGCCGAGGCCGAAAGGCUGAGCAACGUUGCCCAGUGCAUAUCGUCCAUGUCGGUCAACAUGGCCUUCCUCACCCCGACCGUCGCCAGGGUCGUCGAUCCCGACCACGUGCCGUCUCUGAAGACCAUCAUGCUGGGCGGCGAGAAGGCCUCGCGCCAGGACUUUUCCCGCUGGUCUGGCCGCGUCAGUGUCGUGCUCAACGGCUACGGCCCUGCGGAAUGUGCCGUCUGCUGCUGCAUCAACGACGUGGACGACGACUGGGAAGACCUCCGCCGGCCGCAUUGUAUCGGGACCGCAGUCGGCUCGGCCACUUGGGUCGUGGCGCCGGGGGAUGCCGACCAACUCGUCCCCAUCGGUGCCGUCGGGGAGCUUCUCGUCGAGGGGCCGAUACUCGCCCGCGGAUACUUCAAGGAUCCCCAACUGACGGCCGCAGCGUUCAUCGAAGCCCCGGCCUGGCUCACGCGGGGGGGCGGCGGUUGUUCUCCAUCAUCCCGAUCCCGUCCGGGACGCACCGGGAGACUAUACAAGACGGGAGACCUUGUCUGCUACGACGGGAGCGGGAAGCUGACGUUUGUCGGCCGCAAAGACACCCAGGUCAAGAUCCGUGGCCAGCGGAUGGAGCUCGAGGAGGUUGAGCUCCAUCUCCGGCGCGGCUUGGACGUGUCCGGGGGUGGUGGUGGUCGUGGUGGUGUUGUUGUUAGUGAUGUGGCGGUGGAGGUGAUCGUCCCGUCGGAUGCUGAUGGCCAUGAUGCCUCCAACGCGGUGCUCGCUGCGUUUGUCGUUCUUGAUGGGGCGAUGAAUCGUAUCCCUUCACGCAAUAAUAGACUGAUCCAAGCCCCAUCGUCGUCUGCCGACCUCGAGCUGAAACGACACGUCCCGACAUACAUGGUCCCGACGGUCUAUAUUGCCAUCCCACAUGGGUUACCGAGAAACGCGUCGGGGAAGCUGGACCGCAAGAAGCUCCGUGCCAUCGGCGCAUCGUUCUCUACACGAGAUAUCGCGGCUCUCGCUGGCGGAGACCAAGGCGCCAACACCACCAAGAAACCACCGUCCAACGACUCGGAAAGGACGCUCCAGCACCUCUGGGCGAAGGCGCUUGGGCUUCAGCAGGGCGAUAUCGGAGUGACUGACAACUUCUUCCGGCUCGGAGGAGACUCCCUCGCGGCAAUGAGGCUUGCCGGAGAAGCCAGGCGGGCUGGGGUCCGGAUCUCCGUCGCGGAUGUCUUCCGCUGUCCGACCAUCUCGCGGCUCGCCGAGAUACCCCAGGUCUUCUCCUCCUCCUCCUCCUCCUCCUCCUCCUCCUCCGUCGAAGCAGUCGAAGAGACUAUUGCACCUUUUGCACUUCUGGGCGACGAUGUAAACAUAAGAAAGCACCGCGAACAGAUUUCUAGCGCCUACGACUGGGACACGGACUCGAUCGAGGACAUGUACCCCUGCACGCCUCUCCAGGAGGGUCUCAUCGCGCUGACCUCCAAGCAACGAGGAGACUACAUUGCGCAGAACGUCGUGAGCAUCAACGAAGGAGUGGACCUGCGGCGGUUUCGAGACGCCUGGGAGGCCGUCUUCCAGCUGGUGCCCAUCUUCCGGACGAGAAUCGCACAAGGCCCCGGCGGGUUGGUCCAGGUCGUCCUCAAGGAGAGCAUCCGCUGGUCGACGACGACAACGACGACGACGGCAACCAGUCUCUCCGAGUACCUUUUGCAGGACAAGACGGAACCGAUGGGUUUGGGCCAGCCGUUGGUUCGUUUUGCCCUAAUCAGUGAAGGGUCAUCAGCACCAGCAUCAACAUCAACAUCAACAUCAACAUCAACAUCAACAUCAACAUCAACAUCAACAUCAACAUCGUUCGUGCUCACUCUUCACCACGCGCUCUACGACGGCGGGUCGUUCCCCAUAGUCCGGCGCCUGGUGCACGAUAUCUAUCACCAUCAGCUUUCCAUCACGCCUUCUCUGCCCGGCUUCAACUCCUUUGUGAAGUACAUAAUGGACCAGGAGGAAGAGACAAUCAACGAGCACUGGACAUCCGAGUUCUCGGGCUUCGAGUCCCCGCCGUUCCCCCCGCUUCCAUCAGCGGUUCGACAGCCCCUGGCCGACGCGAGCCUCACACACCGUAUCAGUCUGUCUCCGUCCGUCAAGAACUCCGAUGCUACGCUGGCGACGUUCGCAAGGGCGGCGUGGGCGUUUGUCGUCUCGCGCAACACGGGCUCCGACGACGUCGUGUUCGGGGCCACCGUCUCGGGCAGACACGCACAAGUACCGCGGAUCCAAGACAUCAUCGGACCGACCUUGGCGACCAUCCCGGUCCGCGUCCGCGCCGGGGCCGACGUGGCCGUUUCCGUCUUCCUCCGUAACGUCCAGGACCAGGCCGCGCGCGUCACCCCUUACGAGCAAGCCGGGCUGCGCCAGAUCGCCAAAGCCAGCCCCGAGGCCCGGCAAGCCUGCGACUUCCAGACCUUGCUCGUCGUCCAGCCCGCAGAGGACGACGACGACGACGACGACGACGAGAGUGCGCCACCGGACGCGAGACUCGGCGUGUGGCGGGACGACGACGACGACGACGACGUCGAAACGGCGUUGUUCUCGACGUACGCGCUGACCCUCACUUGCUACCUCGGCCACGACGAGAUCAAGGUGGUGGCCAACUACGACUCGAGAGUGCUGCCUCCUUGGCGGAUGGAGAGCCUGCUUCAGCAGUUCAGCUUCGCGCUGGGUCAACUCACCGAGGCAUCAGAGGACCAGACGCUGGGACAGAUGAGCGCCGUCGCCCCGUCGGAUCUGCUGCGUAUCUGGGACUGGAACAAGGAGGUCCCUGAGACCGUCGACCGCUUCGUCCACGACAUCGUCAAGGACCGGCUGAGAGAGCAGCCACAGGCGCCCGCCAUAAGCUCCUGGGAUGGCGAGCUGACCCGCGGCGAGCUGGACGGCCUCGUCGGCGGGUUAUCCCGCCAUCUCGUCCGUCGGUACGGCGUGGGCCCCGGUAUGGUCCUCCCGCUCUGCUUCGAGAAGUCCAUGUGGACGGUCGUGGCCUUCCUCGCCGCUCUCGAGGCCGGGGCCGGGUUCAUGCUGCUCGACCCGGCGUUGCCCGAGGCCCGUCUCCGGUUGAUGGUGUCGCAGGUCAACUUCUCGGUCCUGUUGUCGUCGCCCGCCACACACGAACUAGGUCGUCGACUCUCCGGCACCGUCUUUGCUGUGGGACCUGAUAUGGACAUUUCUGCUGCCUCUUCUGCCGUCGUCAGCUCGCCUCGACCAACCACCCCAAACACCCCGGACACCCCGGCUACCGCCGCCGACUUCGACCCCUCGUUUCCCAUGUAUGUCAUCUUCACCUCUGGCAGCACCGGCGUCCCCAAAGGCGCCAUCAUACCCCAUCGGAGCGUGGCCUCGGCCCUCCAUCACCAACUCCCCAGGCUGGGCUACGGCCCGGGAUCGAGACACUGCGACUUCUCGGCCUACUCGUUCGACAUCUCGAUCCACAACGCCAUCGGCAUGCUGGCCACCGGCGGCACGCUGCUCAUACCCUCGGACCGGGACCGCAAAAGCAACGUCCGAGGCGCCCUCGUCUCCAUGCAGGCCACCAGCACCGUCCUCACCCCCUCCGUCGCCCGGCUCGUCCUCAAGGAGGGGAUCCCGCCCUCCCUCACCGCCAUCGGGCUGGUGGGCGAGGCGUUGACUAGAGACGACGUCCGGGGGUGGCUGGACGCCGGUGUCCGAGUCACCAAUCUCUACGGCCCCUCGGAGUGCACCUCGUACAGCACCGUCACCCGUUCUGCUGCCGUCGACGCUCCGUCCGCCACGGCGCUCGACACGGGCGCGGGCUGUGUGACGUGGAUCGUCGACCCCAACGAUCACAACGUCCUGCUGCCCCUCGGCGCCACCGGGGAGCUGAUACUCGAGGGGCCCAUCAUCGGCACGGAGUAUCUUGACGACCCCGAGAAGACGGCCGCCACGUAUAUCAGAGACCCGGCAUUCCUCGCGCUGGGCGCCCCGGGCCGCCAUCGAGGCCGCCGCGGUCGUCUCUACAAGACGGGCGAUCUCGUUCACUACAGCGCUGACGACGGGCGUCUUCACUUUGUGAGCCGGAAGGACACGCAGGUCAAGAUCAGGGGCCAGCGAGUGGAACUCGGCGAGGUCGAGCACGGCCUACGAGAGUCCGUCUCUCACGCUCUCGAGUUGGCCUCCGAAGUCAUCUCGCCCGCCACGAGCGGCAGCGGUAGCGACCACCACCAGACACGGCCGUUGCUCGCCGCCUUCCUGGUUCUCGAAGACGGCCACCACUUCAGGUUCCCCUCGGGAGGCGGCCAGUCCGUGGACCUCGGCGCGGAGGAUGGCGGCCUCGUGCGGGUGGCGGUGUCUCUUCCGAGCGAGGCCGAAGAUUCUCUCGCGGAGCUUCUACCGCUUCACAUGAUACCUACCGUCUACUUCGUCCUCGACAAGCUGCCCAUCAACAACUCGGGCAAGACGGACAGGAAGCGGCUUCGUCAGAUCGGCGCCAUGUUCUCGGCAGAGCAGCUUGCUCAUCUCGUUGAAAACAACUCCUUGGGCGGCGAGACUCACGAACCGACGACGGAGACGGAGUUUGCCCUGCGCGGGCUGUGGUCGGCCCUGCUACACGUCGGCUCCGAGAGGAUCGGCGUGGAAGACAGCUUCUUCCGCCUCGGCGGCGAUUCCAUAGCAGCCAUCAAGCUGGUCGGCGAAGCCCGCCGCGCCGGCUUGGGCACACUAUCCGUGGCCGACAUCUUUCAGCAUCCGAAGCUCGGAGCCAUGGCAAAGCUGUGCCUGGUAGGGGGCGGCGGUGUUGAUGGAAAGACUGUUGUUGUUGCUGCUGCUCACUUGCCGCCCUACUCUCUCCUGGGCGGCGGCGGUGGUGACGACGACGACGACGACGACGCCAAUGCAACCGAAUGCCGCGAGCAGGUUGCCGACGCGUAUCGGUUCGAUGUCGACGCCAUCAGAGACAUCUACCCUUGCACCCCUUUGCAAGAGGGCAUGGUUGCCCUGACGGCCAAGUCACACGGGCAGUACAUCCUGCAACGGGUGAUGGACAUCGCAGACGGCACGGAUCUGGGCCGUUUCCGCGCAGCCUGGGACGAGGCGGCAAGACUGGCCCCUAUUCUCCGGACGAGGAUCGUACAGCACAACCGGCACGGCCUGUUGCAGGUGAUCCUCGAAGAGGACACGGUCUGGACAGAGGAGACGACACAGAGCCUCGCCGGCUUCCUGGACGAGGACAUGGCGGCCCCGAUGGGUCUUGGUGAGCCGCUGGUGCGCUAUGCCAUUGUAGACGACCGCGAGACGGGCCGGAAGCACUUUGUCUGGACGAUCCACCACGCCCUCUUCGACGCCAGGUCGGCCCCGAUGCUACGAGAGCUCGCGGUCAACGCCUAUCAUGAUGAUCAGCGGCAAAAAACGCCUCUGCCUCGGCACGACUCGCCGCCUCCCGGCUUCAACCUCUUCGUCAAGCAUGUUGUCGAGCAGAACGGCGAUUCGGCGGACCGGUAUUGGCGGUCUCAGCUCGCCGGAUACGACUCGGCCCCUUUCCCCGUGCUGCCGGUCUCCGUGCAGACACCCAAACCCGAUACGACCCUCGAGACCUCGUUUCCCCCGGGUCGGCCCAGCGUUGCUUUUACAGCAGCCACCGUCAUCCGGGCUGCGUGGGCUCUCGCCGUGACGGCCGAAGGCUCUAUGGACGUGGUCUUUGGGGCAACGGUCUCGGGGAGACAGGCCCCGGUUGCCGGCGUCGAGGGCAUCAUCGGGCCGACGAUCGCCACGGUCCCCGUGCGGAUCCGAGUCCCGGACCGGGGCACCGUCUCGGACUACCUGGAAACCGUACAGAAGCAGUCGAUCCAGAUGAUUGCCUUUGAGCAGACGGGUCUCCAGAGCAUCGGCAAGGUCAGCGGCGACGCGAGGCGAGCCUGCGACUUCCAGACCCUGCUCGUCGUCCAGCCGCCCGAGGACCAGGAAGACGACGACGACAAGAUCGACUCUGUUCUGGGACGCUGGCGUGAGAGGGCCUACACGGACGUCUUCUCCACCUACGCGCUGACUCUCGUGUGCUACCUGUCGUCACGACGUGACAGCGUCAGAGUCGUGGCCAGCUUCGACUCUGCCGUGCUGGACGAGUGGAAGAUGGGCCGGCUCCUGGCGCAGUUUGGCCACUUUUUCCAGCAGCUGAGCACCGCCGCCGCCGCCGCCGCCGCCGCGCCGGACGUUCACGACAUCCGAGAGCUUCGCGACCUGACGGACGACGAUCUCGGUCAGCUGUGGGAGUGGAACGCAGAGGUCCCUCCUCCUCCGCCGGCGGCGGCGGCGGCCGACUUGUGCGUGCACGAGCUCUUUGAACAGCGUGCCGCGCUCCAACCCGAUAGACCGGCCAUCGACGCCUGGGACGCGAAGCUGAGCUACGGUGAGCUCGAUUCGCUUGCCGAGAGGCUUGCCGGCGACAUUGUUGCUGCUCUCGACGUCACGGGCUCCGUCGUGCCCGUCUGCUCCGAAAAGUCGGCCUGGGCCGUGGUCUCGCUGCUCGCCGUGCUGAAGUCGGGCAACACCUUUGUCCUGCUGGACCCGUCUCAGCCGGAGAGCAGGCUUUCCUCCGUCGUCCGCCAAACAGGCUCGCAGCUCGUGUUGUUGUGCUCUGUCCCCCAAAGUGCUGCUGCUGAUGCUGCUGGCCCCUUCAGAGACUUUGGUGGCAGAACCUGGCGGAUCGACUCGGGGUACUUUGAUAACAACAAACCCGCGGGACUAAGACCUGCUCCUCCUCCUCCUCCUCCUCCUCCUCCUCGUAGCAGCACCCCGCCGGCCGUCGACCCGGAUUCCAACAUGUACAUUGUCUUCACGUCCGGAAGCACCGGCACGCCAAAGGGGGUGAUGGUGCCUCACAGGAGCUUCGCGUCGGCCCUCGCACACCAGACGCGGCUGUUCGGCUUCGGGCCCGAGUCUCGACACUACGACUUCAUGUCCUACUCCUUCGACGCCUCCAUCUGGAACACCGUCGCCCCUCUGGUCGCCGGCGGGUGCCUCUGCAUCCCGUCGGAGCACGAGAGGCGCAACAACCUGGCCGGCAGCAUAGCGGCGAUGAAAGCCACGAGCGUCAGCUUGACCCCCUCCGUCGCCAGGCUCGUCUCGGGUGCCCUUGACGUCGACACCUUGGUCCUCCUCGGCGAGGGGGUCUCGGUGGAGGACACGAAGCUCCUUUGGGGGAGGGCACGCGUCAUCAUCAACGCAUACGGGCCAGCCGAGUGCACGCCGAACUCGGUCAUCAGCUACGCGUCCGAAACCCCGGAGGCCGCGGCGCGCAUCGGCAAAGGCGCCGGGGCCGUGACGUGGGUCGCCAAUCCCGAUGACCACGACCGUCUCGUGCCCAUCGGGGCCAUCGGCGAGCUUCUGCUUGAAGGGCCCAUUGUCGGCGCGGGAUAUCUGGACGCGCCCGACAAGACGGCGGAAGCCUUCGUCCGCGACCCGGCCUGGCUUCGGCGAGGUGCUCCCGGAGCAGGAGGAGGAGGAGGAGGAAGAGGAGGAGGAAAGGCCGGACGCUCGGGAACGCUCUACAAGACGGGCGACCUCGUCCGGUACGACAGGGAGGGAAGCCUCGAGUAUAUCGGGCGCAAGGACACGCAAGUCAAGGUCCGCGGCCAGCGCGUGGAGCUCGACGAGGUGGCGCACGUCGUACGGGAUGGCUUGCCGGGGUGUGAGCAAGCGGUUGUCGAGCUUGUAACUCUGAGUGGCAGCGGUAGCGGUAGCGGCACGAACGGGAGCAUGCUCGCGGCCUUUGUUGUUGUUGCCGGCGGGUUCGAUCAAGACUCUGUUCCGAUAGAGGGCGGCGGCGGCGGCGGCGACGACGACGACGACGACGGCGACGACCUCGAAGUUGCCCUGCUGGCCAUACCGACGACCGUCCAAGAUGCCAUCGCCGAACGACUACCAGUCUACAUGAUUCCCUCGGUCUAUUUCAAGGUCAAGCGGAUCCCCAUCAACACCUCGGGCAAGACGGACCGCAGACUCCUGCGCCAGGUCGGGUGUUCCAUCUCGGCCCAGGAGCUCGCCGAGAUGCGACGGGAUACCCGCGGCAGCAAGCGUCCGCCGUCCACGGAGGCCGAGCGGCAGCUCCGGACGCUGUUCGCGCGGGUCCUCGGGCUCGAGGAGGCCCAGGUCGGCGUCGACGACAGCUUCUUCCGCCUGGGCGGCGACUCCAUCUCGGCCAUGAAGCUCGUCGGCGAAGCGCGGGUGGCGGCUACCGGCCUCUCGUUCUCUGUCGCGGACAUCUUCCGCCAUCCCAAGCUGGAGACGCUUGCGGCACUGCGGCCGCCGCCGGAUGGCGUGGGCAGCACACCGCCGCCUCCGGAGCGCCUGCUGCUGCUGCCGUUUUCCCUGCUCGGGGUCCCCGAGUCAGACGUUGCCAACGUCCUUUCAGACAUCGCCGAGUCCCACGGCUUUGGUCCGGCAGACAUCGAAGACGCGUACCCCUGCACGCCCCUCCAGGAAGGGCUGCUGGCCCUGACGUCCAAGACGUCCGGAGACUACGUUCUCCAGGCUCGCAUGGAGCUGUCUGAUGGUGCCAUCGGUCGCCUCGACAGGUUCAAACAGGCGUGGGAGCAGGCCGUGCGGACGCUCCCCAUUCUCCGCACGAGGAUCGUCAGCCACGGCCGGCUGGGGUCGCUCCAAGUCGUCCUGAAGCCAGCAGAGCCCCCUAUCGAAUGGCUCGCCUCCCGGAGUAUCGAGGAAUACACUUCAGAAGACAGGAAGAGGCCGAUGGCCCUCGGGGAUCCUUUGGUCCGGUUCGGCCUGGUCCAGGACGGCACCUCCACGCCCGUCUCGUUCGUGUGGACCAUCAGCCACGCCUUGUACGAUGGAAGAUCGAUCUCCAUGAUACGCGAUCUCAUCCGCAACGUCUAUAACGGCGAAAAUCCCCCGGACCACACCGGCUUCAACGCGUUCGUGAGCCAUGUCCUCGACCAAAGCACCACCACCGCGUCCUCCGAAUCCUACUGGGGCUCUUCCCUGUCGGGCUACCAGUCGGCUCCGUUCCCGCAGCUGCCGGCAUCCGUGUCGAGUCCGGCGCCCGACUCCGAGGCCGAGCUCACCUGCUCCCUGAGCCGCCCGUCAAAGGCAGCCGACAACGUGACUACGGCGAGCCUCCUCCGCGCAGCUUGGGGCCUCGUCGUCCACUUCAACUCGAUGCUCGAACGAGACGUCGUCUUUGGCGCGACGGUCUCGGGCCGGAACGCGUCGGUCCCCGGCAUCGAGAGCAUCAUCGGCCCAACCAUCGCGACGGUGCCGGUGCGGAUCCGGAUCGACCCGGAGACGAGCGUGUCCGAGUACCUACGGGCGGUUCAGGACCACGCGGUGGACAUGAUCCCGUUCGAGCAGACGGGUCUCCAGAACAUCGCCGGGAGGAGAAGGAGCGGGAACCAAGACGCUCAACAGGCGUGCGACUUUCAGACCCUCCUCGUCGUGCAGCCUCCGGAAGGUCUUGGCGAAUCCGACGCCGAACUCGGGACUUGGCAGGACAUCCAGAACACGGGGGGCUUCUACACCUACUCCCUCACGCUUACGUGUCAGCUUUACGACAACGACAAAGACAAUGGGACGGUCAAGCUGUCGGCCAGCUUCGACUCUCGCGUCAUCGAACACUGGAGGAUGGAGAGGCUUCUCGACCAGUACGGCGAUCUGAUCCGGCAGAUCGCCGCCUCGCCGCCGGACCAGCGAGUGGGCGAUCUCCGGCCCGUGUCCCAGACGGACCUGGACCAGAUUUGGUCGUGGAACGCCGACCUGCCGCCGCCGGUUGACCGCUGCAUCCACGAGUGCUUCAAGGAGCACGCCCUCCGGCUGCCCUCGGGCUCACAGGCCGUGCGUGCCUGGGACGGCGACCUCACCUUCGCCGAGCUGGACCGGCUCACGGACUCGCUGGCAAGCCACCUGGUCCAUCAUCUCGGCGUGAAGCCGGAGACGCUGGUGCCCAUCUGCUUCGACAGGUCCAAAUGGGCCGUCGUCGCGAUCCUCGGCAUCCUCAAAGCCGGCGGCGCCUUCGUGCCCCUGGACCCGGCACAGCCCCCGGCUCGACGAGAGCAAGUCCUGAGCCAGACGGGCGCGCCCUUCGUCUUGACCUCGGUCCGCCACUCCUCCUCCUCCUCCAUGGACUUUGGCGGCCGUGAUGCCGUCCCCGUCGGAGCCGACACUAUAUCGAUGCAUGCCGGCCCGGAGAGCUUCGUGCAGCCCCGUGUGCCCGUCGACGCCGCCGCCUACAUCCUCUUUACGUCGGGCAGCACCGGCAACCCCAAGGGCGUCCUGAUCCCCCACCGGGCCGCGAGCACCAGCUGCACCUACUACGGCGACAGGGUCGGCUUCGACGAGACGUCGCGGAUCCUCUUCUUCUCGUCGUUCGUCUUCGACGCGCUCAUCUUGGAGGUCAUCACGCCCUUCGUCCGCGGGUCCUGCAUCUGCAUCCCGUCCGAGGACGCAAGGCUCGACGACCUGACGGGCUGCAUCAACGAGCUCGACGUGAACAUCAUCUUCUUCACCCCGACGGUCGCCCGGCUCAUCGAGCCGUCAGAGGUCCCCUCGCUGCGCACGAUCCUGAUGGGCGGCGAGCCUCCGAGCCAGACGGACCUCGGCCGCUGGGGGUGGGGCCGGGGACCGGGCCCGGGUACGGGCCGAACCGUGUUCAACGGGUACGGCCCCACCGAGUGCGUCGUUUUCUGCGCGCUGCAGAAGAUUGACCCGGCCUCGAUCCGGGAGACCUGCAUCGGCAAGUCGACCGGGUCGGCGAGCUGGAUCGUCGCCCCCGACGACAGCGAUAGCCUGGCACCCGUCGGCUCCGUCGGCGAGCUGCUGGUCGAGGGCCCGAUCCUGGCGCGGAGCUAUCUCGACCCCCAGAACACGGCCAAGGCCUUUAUCGAGAACCCUCCCUGGUUGCUGCAAGGAGGGGGGGGCGGGGAUGCCGACGGCGGCGACCGCCGCCGCUGGCCGGGUAGACGGGGCCGUCUCUACAAGACGGGCGACCUGGUGCGGUACGACCAAGACGGCAACCUCUGCUACGUCGCCCGCAAGGACAACCAGGUCAAGAUCCGCGGCCAGAGGAUGGAGCUCGGCGAGAUCGAGGCGCACCUCCGCGACUGCGUCGUCGUCUCGGAUACGCUGGCCAGCCAGGUGGCCGCCGAGGUCUUUGUUCCGGCUGGUGGGGAGGACAACGCCAGCCCGAUCCUCGCGGCCUUUCUGGUUCUCCGGGAUGACGAGAACCACGACGAUGACCACGACCAACGCAAGAAAGACUCGUCCCACAAGGGCAUCCGAGUCGUCAACGUUCCCCCGGCGGUCAAAGACCACCUGGAGCAGCGCCUGCCGAGGUACAUGCUUCCGACGGUCUACUUCGCCGUGCACAAGCAGCUGCCCCUGAACAACUCGGGCAAGACGGACCGGAGGCGACUCCGGGCUCUCGCCGGCGCCUUCACGGCCCAGCAGCUCGCCGAUCUGCGAGGGCUUGUCGGUGCUGACGAGCGCCCCGCCACCGAGUCGGAAGACGGGCUGAGGCGUCUAUGGGCACGCGUCCUGGGCAUCGACGCGCACACGACGAUCCGCCUGGACGAGAGCUUCUUCCGCAUUGGCGGCGACUCCAUCGCCGCUCUCAAGCUGGUGGGGGAGGCGCGCAAGGCGGGCAUCGGCAUCGCCUUGACGGUGGCCGACAUCUUUAAGAAUCCCAAGCUGAGCGAGAUGGCGGCAGCGGCGGCAGCAGUGGCGGCGCGUCAGCACGUCGUCGCUGCUGUGGGAUCCGACGACGACGAGGCCCCCCACUCCGUUGCUCCGUUCUCUCUGCUCGAGUCCGAGAUGCCGCUCUCGCUCUCGCUCCCUACUCUGCUGGAACAGGUUGCCGGACUCUGCGGUCUGUCGGACACGCAAGCCAUCGACGACGUCUACCCCUGUACGCCGCUCCAGGAGGGCCUGCUCGCCUUGACCUCGAAGCAGCCCGGGGACUACGUUCUGCAGGCCGUGCUGGAGCUCUCCGAUGCUACCGACCUGCGGCUCUUCAAGGAGGCCUGGGAGACGACGGUCAGAGCGUGUCCUAUCCUCCGCACAACCAUCGUCCAGCACGACCAUCUCGGGCUGCUGCAGGUCGUCCUCGCGCGCGGGAUAGAGUGGGUGACCGUGGCGGGCGUCGACGGCGUCGACCAGUAUCUCGAACAGGAUCGAAGGGGGGCGGUGGCGGCACCGAUGGAUGUAGGCCAGCCGCUGGCACGAUAUGCGACUGUCCACGACAGGGACGGCCGGACCUGGUUCGUCUGGACGGUCCACCACGCUCUGUACGAUGGAGGGUCGAUCCCCUUGAUCCGACGCCUCGUCAGUGAAAACUACCGCCACGCUGGGCAGCAGCAAGUCUCUGUCUCUGUCUCUGUCUCUGUCUCGCAGCAGCAUCAACAGCAGCAUCCAGACUUUUCGCUGUUCGUCAAGUACGCCAGAAGCCAGUCCCGGAGUGAAUCCAGCGCCGAGUUCUGGAGAUCAACGUUCAAAGGCUACCGGUCUUCGCCUUACCUCUUCUUCUCUUCCCUCUCCGUAGAUGAACCGAAAGCAAACUCCGUCAUCAAAAGAACGAUGGCCCGUCCGCCGAGUGUGGAGGCCGCGACCCUGGCGACGCUCAUCCGCGCAUCCUGGGCUCUCACCAUCCACCACGAGACGGGCGACGACGACGUGGUCUUCGGGGCCACGACCUCGGGCCGCCACGCCGACGUUCCCGGAGUCGACGGGAUCAUCGGGCCGACGAUCGCGACGGUGCCGGUGCGCGUCCGACUGCCGUCCCGCGACGUCCCGGUGUCCUCGUUCCUCGGGGACGUCCAGGGCUGGGCGACCGACUCGAUCCCUCACGAGCAGACGGGGAUACGGAACAUUUCCAAGACGAGCCCCGAGGCCAAGAGCGCCUGCGGAUUCCAGUCUCUGCUCGUUGUCCAGCCCCCCGAGACGAACGAGGGCGACACCGUGGACUCGGACCUGGGCACAUGGCGCAACGACUCGGAUCCCAUCAACUUCUCCACCUACGCCUUCACCUUGACAUGCUCGCUGCUGGGCCGUGGUGGUGGUGGUGGGGGGCAAGACAUGGGCGUCGGCGUCGUGGCCAGCUUCGACUCGCGCAUCAUCGAGCAGUGGCGCGCCGAAAACGUCGUGGACCGUUUCCGCUCCGUUCUCGAGCAGAUGGCCCAGGAACCGCAGCAGCGGCAGCGACGGCUGGGCGACAUCAUCAGUAGUCUGGCCGCCGAGGACGAGAGGCGCAUCUGGGAGAUGAACCACGCUCCGCCCACCAUCACGCCAGUCAUUGUCGGAGAGUACUCGACGGCAGCGGAUCAUCUCCUCAAACGAGGUUUGUUGUCAUUGUCAUCGUCGUCGUCGUCGUCGUCGUCGUCGACGACGACAGGCUCCUCCGUGGGCUGGAUCGUGGACCAGCGCGACCACGGAAGGCUUGUGCCGUUCGGUGCCGUGGGAGAGCUCCUGGUCGAAGGAUUUGUGGCCGACGAGGAGACGGAAACGAACAACGCGGCGGCCUUGGUCAGAGACCCCGCCUGGCUUCUCCGUGGGCUGCCCGGCUUAUACGAGGGCAGGCCUGGCACGCUUUACAAGACGGGAGACCUGGUCCGGUACGACCGGUCCGGCAACAUGAUGCAUCUCGGGCGCAAGGAUUCUCAAGCCGUGAUGAUACGAGGCCAGAGGUUCGAGCUCGCGGAUGUCGAGUCCCGCGUCUGUGCCGCGUUGUCAUCGUCAUCAGCGAGCCGCGUUGUUGCAGCGAUGAUCGAGCCGGCGGUUGACGGGCAGUCUACUCCGGUGCUCGCCGCCUUUUUCGUUUACGCCGAUGAUGGCCUUUCCGGCGGCACGGCCGGUACGGUUCCGUCGCAAGGCCCUGCCCCGAUCCAACAGAUCUUUCUCUCCGAGGCCGACGAGGAGGCGCUGGCUGAUCGUCUGCCCUCCUUCAUGGUCCCGUCUCUCUUCUUCUCCGUCGACCGGUUGCCCCUGAGCACGUCCGGAAAGCCGGACCGCGAGAAGCUUCAGCAGCUUGGUGCUUCCUACAUACAUAAAAGUUCGACAUUGAACAUAAACACCAGACCCAGCACAGCCGAGGAACGGCGGAUGCCUACAUCCACGUCUGAAGCAACUCUCCAGUCCAUCUGGGCCUCGGUGCUGAACCUCGAAAGGGGCACGAUUGGCCUCGACGAUAGCUUCUUCAGGCUCGGCGGCGACUCCAUCACGGCCAUGCAGGUGUCUUCUGCUGCGCGGUCACAAGGUCUCCGUGUUUCGACCGCCAACAUCCUCCAGAAGAAGACCAUUGCUCGCAUCGUCGCGGGGCUAUCGGCGUCGAGCGAGGUUCCGGGCCAGACGGCGGCGGCGGCGGCGGCGGCGGCGGUGGCGGCGGUGGUGAUGGUGGUGCCGACCAGAGAGCAGCCCGGCGAGCUCUUCGACUUGGCCCCGAUCCAGCAGCUCUACUUUGCCAUACAGCCGGAUCCGUCCGUGUGCUUCGACCAGACGUUCCUCCUGAGACUGCGGCAACCGGUCGCCUUGGACGAGUUGAGGACCGCCCUGGCUGCCCUCGUGGCAAGACACGAGAUGCUUCGCGCGCGGUUCACAAGGUCGGGAGGCCGCUGGAAGCAACUCGUCUCGUCCGAUAUCACGGGGUCGUUCCGUCUUCACCACCACGACCACCGCAUACAACAUGAGCCUGUAACCACCAGCCCGGGCCAGGACAUUGCGCGAUAUCGCGAGGAGCUCGACAUCGAGCGCGGGCCCCUGUUGGUGGCGGCCCUGCUCGAUCACGACACUCGCCUCUUCCUGUCCGUCCAUCAUCUCGUCGUCGAUCUCGUCUCGUGGCGCGUCUUGCUCCAAGAGCUCGAGGAACUCCUGACCGCCGGCAGCCUCGCUGCCACAUCCUCGCCCUCGCCCUCGCCCUCGCCCUCAACCACGUUCCAGACGUGGACUUUUCUGCAGGCGGACCACGCCAUCAACAACAGCAACAAUGAUAGCAAUAACAGGACCAACCUCGCCACGCAGCCACCGCUUCCGUCCGACAAGACUGGGCAGCAACCCGCCCAGGCGUAUUGGGGUAUCGACCCCGCAGACAACCUCGCCAGCGAGACGGUCAGUAGCACGUUCACUCUGGACGAGGCCACCAGCGCCGCCAUCCUCGGCAGCUGCAACGAUGCCUUCCGGACGCGGCCCGUCGAGCUCAUGAUCUCGGCCCUCGUUCAUUCCUUCGGGCUCGCAUUCCCCGAUCGGCCCGUCCCUCCAGUGUUCGUCGAGGGCCACGGCCGCGAGACGUGGGACGACGGCAUCGACAUCUCACGCACCGUCGGGUGGUUCACCACCAUGUUCCCUGUUCAGGCGCCCAGCAGCAGCAGCAGCAGCAGCAGCGACAAUGCCGAUCUGCUUCAGGUCGUCCGGCAGACCAAAGACUGCCUCCGCGGUCUGGACGGCAACGGGCGGCCCUAUUUCGCGUCCCGGUUCGUCGACCGAGCCAGGGCAGAACAGUUUGCCUCCAUGUUCCCCGUCGAGAUCCAGUUCAACUACUCUGGCGCCUACCAGCAGCUGGAACGCGGCGACUCUCUCUUCGAGCUGGUGCAGCAGCCCCCCGAGGAUAGCGAACCGCCGUCCGCGGCCAGACUCGCCAGGUUCGCCGUUUUUGACGUCCUCCUCGGCCUGGACAAGGGCCGUCUCUCUGCCACGAUGGUCCAUCACCGGGCCCUGCUCCAUCAGGAGAGGACGGCAUCCUGGCUCGGGCUGUUUGAGCGGAGCCUCUCGGACUUGGCCCGGAGACUGCCGAGCCUCGAGCCCGAGGCCACGUUGACUGACUUCCCUGGCGCCUUCAAGUCAUACGGCGACGUGCAGCGGUUCCAACAAUCCAUCAUGCCGCGUUUGGGAGUCCCCGGCCGCCACCACGUCGUCCUCCUCGAGGACAUCGAGGACAUCUUCCCAUGCACAGCCAUGCAAGAGGGCAUCCUCAUCAGCCAGGCAAAGGCGCCGGAGACGUACAGGCUCCGCGCCGAGUUCGUCGUCCGGCGGCCGAGCCGCGCCGGCGAACGCCUCGACGUUGCCGAGCUUACCAGCAGCUGGAGAGCCGUGGUCCGUCGACACGCGCUGCUCCGCGCGGUUCUCGUCGAGGACUUCCCCGGAAGCGACCGGGUCAUGCACGUCGUCCUGAGAGACGUCGAGCCCGGCUUCACCGUCUUUGACCACCCGCGACCCGAAGAGCAUCACGACGACUCCAAGGCCGUCGACGUCGUCGGCUACUCCAAAGACGGCCUCCAGCAUCACGUCUCGGUUUACCCGGCUGCCGCCGCCGACGGAGGGGGUGCGCUUCUGCUCGUCCUGGAAGUCAACCACGCCAUCAUCGACGGCUUCUCGACGGGGAUCCUCCUGAGAGACCUCGCCUCCGCCUUUGACGGCCGCCUCGACCCCGUAGCGGCCGCCGGUUCGUUCCGCAAGUUCGUCUCGUACGUGGAUCGGCGGUCUCCCGACGAGGACCGCGAGUUCUGGACACGUCGUCUUUCCGGCGUCGAGCCCUGCAUCUUUCCCUCGCUCCUCGGCGGCGGCAAUGGUGAAUCUCACGCCGUGGAGAACGUCAAAGUACGCGUCCCGGGACUCGACACGGAACGGAUCAGGGCGUUCUGCACAGAGUGGGAGGUCACCCCGGCGGCCCUGGUCCAAACGGCGUGGGCACUCGUCCUCGGUCACUAUACCGGCUCGAGCACCCCUUGCUUCGGCAUUCUCUCGUCGGGCCGCGACAUGGACGUCGCUGACGUCGACGACAUCUUCGGGCCGCUCAUCGGCAUGGUCACUUGCACGGUGGAUCUCGGUACGAACGCCGUGUUGGAGACGUUGAGGGCCGUUCAGGCGGACUACCUCGACAGCCUGCCUCACCAGGCCUUCCCGCUCGCCGCCCUGCAUCGGUCACUCGGCCUGGGCACCUCUCCUCUCUUUAAUACUGGUCUGUCUUUCCAGAAGGGCGAGGACGCGGACAGCAGUGAAUCCUCCGGCCUUGUUCUGGAUUAUGUUGACGGACAAGAUGCUUCCGAGUACGACAUUUCCAUCCGCGCCGUCGACACCCCUUCUGCCCUCAGGAUCGAGCUGGACUGCCGUUCCAGCUGUCUGGGGCAAGCCCAGGCGGAACACGUCGCCCGGUGCCUGGGUUCGGCCCUGGCCGGUAUCCUGCAAGACCCCCGUGCGACGACGCAAGAGGUGAACCUCCUGAGCAGCGCCGACAAGGACCUGAUCCAAAGCUGGAACCGCAUCGUCCCCCAACCCGUCGAGCGCUGUCUGCACGACCUGAUAUCGGAACACGCACGCUCCCGCCCAGACGCCCCCGCCGUGUGCGCGUGGGACGGCGACCUCACCUACGGCCAGCUCGAGGCCGAAGCCUCUCAGUUCUCGCGUCGUCUGCGGCGCGCCGGCGUCGUCGAACUCGGCGCCAAGGUCCCCCUCUGCUUUGAAAAGUCAAAAUGGGCCGUCGUCGCUAUGCUCGCCGUCUUGAAGGCCGGCGCCGCCUUCGUCCCCCUGGAUCCGUCCCAGGCCCCGGACAGGCGCGAGCGGGUGCUCGUUCGGACUCGGGCGCGGGUCGUGCUCGUCUCGGCGCAGUACUCGAAUCUCGACGUCGGAGCCGGCCGUCGGAUCAUCGUCGUCGACGGUGACGACAACGACGACGACGACGACGAGCCUCUUUCAGAACAUGACGAGCCUGGCAUGGCGCCACAAACCCCCAGCUCGACUGCGUACGUCCUCUUCACUUCCGGCAGCACAGGACAGCCCAAGGGGGUCGUCGUGUCGCACCGGGCCAUCAGCAGCAGUUGCUACCACCACGGGCUUCGCAUGGGCCACGGGCCCGAAACCCGCACGCUCCAGUUCGCCGCCUACACCUUUGAUGCCUCCUGCUACGACAUCUUCACGACGCUCGUCUGGGGCGGCGUGGUGGCCACCCCCUCCGAGGACCAGAGGCUCGGCCGACUCAGCGAGGCGAUGGACGAGAUGAAGGUCAACACGGCCGCCGUGACGGCCUCGGUGUCGAGGCUGAUCGAGCCGAGCCGGGUGCCGUCGUUCCACACGCUGACGUUGGCCGGCGAGGCGCCCCUGAUGACGGACUUUACCAGAUGGAGCCACCUCCCCCGGGUCAUGAACUGCUUCGGCCCCACGGAAACCGCCAUCGUGUCGACCAUCUACGACCUCGACUUCUCCAGGCCCGACGCCAGCUGCAUCGGAACCGGGGUCGGAGCGGCGACGUGGGUGGCAGACCCGACAAACCACCAGAAGCUCGCGGCCGUUGGGGCCGUCGGCGAGCUCCUCGUCGAGGGGCCGAUCCUGGCGCAGGGAUACCUGGACGACCCCGAGAGGACCGCCGCCGCGUUCGUCGAGGACCCGGCGUGGCUCCUGGAGGCCGGCCGGCGCGGUACGGUCUACAAGACGGGAGACCUCGUGAGGUACCACCCGGACGGCACGCUCGCGUACCUGGGCCGCAAGGACACGCAGAUCAAGAUCCGCGGGCAGAGGGUCGAGGUGGGGGAGACGGAGCACCACCUCCGCGAGUGUCUCCCGCAGAUGCGCCAGGUCGCCGCAGAAGUCAUCGUGCCUGAGGGGGGCGCCCCGGUGCUGGCGGCCUUUUUGGUGCCCGGCGCUGGUGAGGCAGAGGGCGAAGGUGGCGGCAAAGGCGUCGUCACGGUCUGCGAGAUAUCCACGGCGGCGGCCGAUGACCUCGCCCGACGCCUGCCGGCCUACAUGAUCCCGUCGGUCUACUUCAGACUCGACGGCAUCCCCACCAACGCCUCGUUCAAGACGGACCGCAAGAAGCUGCGGGGUAUCGGCGCAUCCUUUUCGGCUCGGCGGCUGGCCGACCUCCGCCGUCGUGCGGCCCGGGGAGACCGACGCGCGCCGUCCAACGACGUCGAGCGCGAGCUGCAGAGACUCUGGGCCGUGACGCUCGAGAUCGACGAGGCCUCCUCUGUCGGGGUCGAUGACGAUUUCUUCCGCCUGGGUGGCGAUUCGCUGAGCGUCAUGAGGCUCGUCGGCGAAGCCCACAGGUCCGGCAUCGCGCUCUCGGUCGCCGACGUGUUUAAGAAUCCCACCAUUGCCGGUCUCGCAUCUCUAUCGAACGUCGUACAACUCGGCCCUUCGGUUACGCCGACGAAGCCUGCCCGUUUCUCCCUCGUCGACCGUCCCAUCGUCGACCGGAUCCGUGACCAUCUGCACGAAACCCGCGGCGUUGCCGGCGACGACGUCGAGGAUAUCUUGCCCGUCACCCUCUUCCAGCAGGAAGUCCUCGAUCGCGCCGCUCGCCUCCCGGAGCAGACGUUCAACUUCUUCUUCCUCGACCUCGGGACCAAGGUGGACGUCGACGCUCUCCGACGAGGCUGCCAGCUACUUACAUGCCACGUGCCCAUCCUCCGAACUCUGUUCAUCCCGCUGGACGGGGUUCACUGGCAAGUGGUCCUGGCACGGCUCGACGAUACCCUCCUGUUCGACACCGUCGACGUGGGCGGCGACAUCGACGACGCCUCCCGGGAGCAGUGCGCCAGAUCAACACAGCGCGGCCUCGAGCCCGACGGCGGCGGCGGCGACUACUACUACUUGACGCCCUUCACGUCCUUUAGGCUCCUCCGCCACGCUUCGGGCGCGAACCGCCUCAUGGUCCGCCUGUCCCACGCGCAAUACGACGGCGUCUGCUUCCCGUCCAUCAUCGCCUCUCUGGUCGACGCCUACCGGGACCGUCCGCCGGCCCCCGUUGUCGACUUCUCCGUCUACCUCGCCCACGCCCGCCAACAGGAAGCACGCUCCAUCGCGUACUGGCGCCGCGUCCUCGACGGCUCGAGUCCCACCAGCCUAGGGCGCGCUCUCCGGCACGGAGCGUCGUCGCCAAGCACGAAACCAUUCAGGGUCGAGGCCAGCCGUGUCAUUCCCACGCCCCGGCUCCCCGCCGGGCUGACGCUGGCCACGCUCCUCACCUCGUCCUGGGCCGCCAUCCUCGCGCGCCUGACAGACAGCCGAGAGGUGGUCUUCGGCCGUGUUGUGGCGGGCCGCAACGCCGGCAUCCCGGGCGUGCAGGACGUCAUGGGGCCCUGCAUCAACACCGUCCCCGUCAGGGUGUCCGUCCCGAUGUCACCUUUGCCAGACGGCACCGUGACCACGGCGGAGAGCUACCUCCGAGGGGUCCAAGACCAACACGUCGCGAUGGGCGAGGCGGACUCCCUCGGUCUCGCGGACAUCAUCCGGCACUGCACGGCCUGGAGGACUCUUGGCCCGGCGGCGGCCCUGGACUCGGUGGUGGAGCACUCGAGCCUCGACACGCGUCCGGCGGCCUUGGACCUCGAUGACGGAGGGGGGAGGGUGCACUGGUUCGAGCCGGACGCCGUGCCAGAGAGGCUGGUGGUGACGUCCGCGCUCGGCGGGGGGGAGGAGGUGGUGGAGGAGAGGGAGACGACGCUGACUGUGAGGGUCGCCGGUGCCAGCGACCUUCUCUCGCGGGAGGCGGCCGAGGCGGUGGUGGCGCGGCUGGCGGAGGUCAUGGAGGGCGUCGCCGGGCAUCCUCGCCGGCCGCUUUCCGAUGUGCUUGGCCCGGCGAGUAUCGUCUGGUGA